CCAGGGUCUCCAUGGAGACGGCUUCUAGCCGGCAGACUAGCCUAGAGGAAAACGGCUGGCCUGAUGGACGCCGACGGUCUCUUGUUGUCGCUGGAGCUGGCGUCUGGCAGUGGACAGGGACUCAGCCCGGACCGCCGGGCCUCGCUGCUCACGUCCCUUAUGCUGGUUAAGCGUGACUACCGCUUCGAUCGGGUCCUUUUCUGGGGCCGCAUCCUCGGCCUCGUCGCGGAUUACUACAUUGCACAGGGCCUGAGUGAUGACCAGCUGGCACCACGCAAGACGCUCUACAGCCUGAACUGCACAGAAUGGAGCCUCUUGCCCCCUGCCACGGAGGAGAUGGCCACCCAGACGGCUAUGGUGAGUGGCCGCUUCAUGGGUGAUCCGUCGCAUGAGUACGAACACACGGAGCUCCAGAAGGUGAACGAGGGCGAGAGGGUCUUUGAUGAAGAAGUGGUGGUCCAAAUCAAGGAAGAGACCCGCCUGGUGUCCAUUAUUGACCAGAUUGACAAGGCUGUGGCCAUCAUCCCCCGAGGUGCCCUCUUCAAGACUCCUUUUGGAGUCACCCACGUCAAUCGGACCUUUGAAGGCCUGUCCUUGUCUGAGAUCAGGAAGCUGAGUUCCUAUUUCCACUUCAGGGAGGCUGUUGAUAUGAAGAACAAAACCUUGCUUGAGAAGGCAGACUUGGACCCAUCUCUGGAUUUUCUGGACUCCCUGGAGCAUGACAUCCCCAAAGGGUCUUGGAGCAUCCAGAUGGAAAGGGGCAACGCGCUGGUGGUGCUGCGCAGCCUGCUCUGGCCAGGCCUCACCUUCUACCACGCUCCCCGCACCAAGAACUAUGGCUACAUCUACGUAGGCACGGGUGAGAAGAACAUUGACCUACCCUUCAUGCUGUAGGAGGGGCAGUCUGGGUAUUUAUGUGGCGGCUAAACAUUAUUUUCAUAAAGUUCAACAAUUUAGCCCCUUUGUUCUGUCAUGCUUUUUGUCAUUUUGUCCCCAGUCUAGUCACCUGGCUCUGAAUGGCCCACGAAGUCGGAAGGUAGAGACCUGGAAGAAGCUAACGGAGGAGACACUCAGUGUGGCUGGGUGGAAACUGGUAGGAAGGGAUGGUCAGGGGCCUGCUGAACUUCCUGGAUUCCACUGAAAGCCAAUAGUAACCAGCAGUUAUUAGGCCCCCAACU